GUCGAUUUGUAUUUUUAUUAGGGCCGGAACAUUCCUUGGUUAAAACUGUUUUUAUCGCCACACCUGUGGGUGCUGAUCUACAUUCACUGUGCAGACAACUGGGGAUUUUUCAUGAUGCUUACUUCCCUACCUUUGUACAUGGAUACGAUCCUCAACUUCAGCAUUGAUACGAAUGGAGCUUUGUCUGCGAUGCCAUAUCUGACUCUCAUGGCGUCAAGAAUCCUGUCUAGUCUUAUCAUUGAUGCUGUCAUCAUGCGGUCUGGUUUCAAAAAGGUGAACAUAAGAAAGACGUGCACAUUCGCCUUGGUUGGCGUUGCCGCCUGCCUUGUUGCUGUUGGUCACGUGAGAUGUGAUUCCACAGCAGCCAUCGCCAUGUUGUGUCUGGCCACGGUCAUGCAAGGUGUGAUGAUACCAGGGUUUUACCCGAGCUACACGGAACUCACACUGGGGUUCUCUGGAGUAGCGUUUGGACUCAGCAACGCAGUAGCAAACUGCGCAGGAUUCAUUGUGCCUCUGACGGUGGGAGUUAUCACAGAGGAAAACCAAACCAUAGAAGCCUGGCAGAAAGUCUUCUACAUCGGCGCAGCCAUUUCCGUUUCCGGUUCCGUCAUGGCUCUUCUGUUCCUCCGGACUGAUCCGGUUUCCUGGGCGCAGGACCCGGAUAAACAGAAUCUGUCUAAGCCAGGAUCCAAGAAAAUUAGUAACCUUUUCCAGUAUUUUUAUGGUACUUUUAGUAAUGAAAUAGCAUUCCAGCCAAAUGAUGCAUACUUUCCGUUGUAGAUAUUAUUUUGAUCCCAGGAAAUUACAGAUAUUUUAAAAUCUUUUUUAAAAAUUUCGGUGGACGAUAUCAAACGUCACGUUUGUCAUGGAUCAUAGUAGAUGCAUGUAUCUUUUAUCUAUGUCUAUCAGUCACAAUUUUCCUCAGGCAGAAAUAUCAAGCGUUUCUUCUUACAAAUUUUCACGUUUUUACAUUUUGAUGACCGUUUCAAUGAUUGAUAUAUUUGUAAUCUGCAAGUGCUUUUUACGGACACAGAAAAAGAAAGAGGCUGGUGGUAUUAGCGGCGUUUCCCACUUCUAGACAGUCACAAAUGUUUCGGUGAGACCGUAGUUUUGACACAAUUUGUUGUUUGGAAAUACAUGUCUGUACAGUAAGUAAAAAUGGCUUUCUAUUCCAACUGUGCUUUAAUUUCAGUAAAAGGCCCUUUCUCCAAACCGAGUACUUGCUAACAUCUACAAAACACCCAUAGAGCCAUACAUUUUUACUCAGAUAGUUAAUGCCUAAAGCGAGCAAUGCAAAAGAUUAUCUGUUGCAGAAGUUUUAUCGAAACGAGCCUGUUGUGGUUUGAAAGGCAUAUAUAUAUAUAUAUAUAUAUAUAUAUAUAUAUAUAUAUAUAAUGCCAUGUGUCAUAAGAACACGGUUAUUCAAAAUAGAUGAGAAUAGUUUUCAAUGACAACGAAUUAUGUAGAUUUCCCGACAGAUGUCUGGAAGAGAGGGGUCUCCGGCUGUGUGGAUGGGUACAAUAUGAUUUAGGAAACAUUCUUUAAGGAAGUAACUAUUUUGCAGAUAGGAACUGAAAGUAUGUAGAGGUGUUUUCUAUGUGUUUCCCGCAUUUCAACAUUCCAUAAGUAAUAUAAUCAUAUCGUCGCUGUGAUAAAGUGCUGCUAUCAAUUUGAAAGCUCUUCGGAGAUUUAUUUCUUUCUAAUUUUCAUUUAUUUAUUCAUUUAUUCGUUCGGCUGCCAGGGCUUCUUUCUGAUAAUUUCUGGUUGUAGCUUUUCAAUAAAUUCCGAAACGCAGUCGGGCUACUUCCCUGAUGGAGAACAGCUGGUUCGUUGUUUGUGAAACUCACGCUUUUUCCUUUUUAUCAGUUUUUUUAUAUUUUUUUCUUACUUUGAAAAUCAUUCCUCGUGUUUCUGGAUUCGACGGUUGUUUGUUAAGUAAGGUAACCAUUUUUCUUGGGAUCUCAGAUUUCAUUUUGUGUUACUUUUAUUAAACUAUCUUUUGCGUU